AUGCGGCCCUCUGCCAUUGGCCGACACGCCGCCUCUCCUCCUCUCUUCUCGGAACGCGCCUGUCGGGCCCUAAUCGUGCCCACUGAGAUGCGCAUGCCUUUGCACAUGGAAGCACACAUUAAAAACCCCAGGCCUAAUUCCCUGGAGCUGCGCCCGGUUCCGUCCUGCCAAUUACCAGAGGGCAGACCCCCCGUGCGGGCUGGCCAGCAGGGGGCAGGACGGCUUAUUGACGGAGGAGGAGCCGGAGUCAAAGUCAAUGAGAGGAACAAGGAGCUAUACUGGUGA